UGCGCUUUUGUGUUCGAAGCAGCAAGGCAGGUCUUCGCUGGAACCAUCUGGAAUGCGCCACGGGCGUACUGGGCUGAGUGGAGACGUGCACGCCUCAGAUCCGCUUGCUUUCGCAGGUGCACUGGCGCGUCAUAUUAAAAUGUGCAGCUGAAGACUUCGUACAGAGCCACGCUGACCAACCAAACGAGAAAACGCCGGACGACCGCGGCGCUCAUGAAAGCAGAAGGCGAACACGAUUCGCGCAGGUUGGUCUGGGAGGCGACCCGUCGCGCCCCCUAGCGGUGGCCCGGGGGCGCGCACCCGCUCCGCUCGGCGAAGGGCGAGAGAACGUGUGGACGAGGAAGAGAACAAAACAGCCAGAAGCAGGAAGCUCGGGACAGGACGGCGGCGCUGGCCCUCGGCAGUUUUAACCAGACCCGAUAGACAUUUUAGACCUUCAUUACAAAAACAUAAGGUUGGCGUUUAAUGCGUUUUUCUGGUUGAAUCUGCGGUGAACUGUUUGUUUCGAACAUGGGACUCGGAGAUCCGAAUAGCGUGGAGCAGGGGGGAGCAGCCGCUGAGCCUCCCAUGGAGGAGCAGGACCGUGUGAAGGCCCUGCAGUCGCAGGUGGACGGUGUGAAGGACAUCAUGACCCAGAACGUUGACCGGAUCCUGGCCCGCGGCGAUCGCCUCGACGACCUCAUGGACAAGUCCGAGGACCUGCAGGCCGGGGCACAGAACUUCAAGCACACGUCGCAGAAGGUGGCGCGCGCCUUCUGGUGGAAGAACGUGAAGAUCAUUGUGCUCAUCAUCGUGGUCGUCGUCAUUAUCAUCCUCAUCAUCGUCCUGCUGGCCACCGGGGUCAUUCCAACGAGCUCUCCUGCCCCCCCCUUACCCACCGUACCACCCCCUCACAAUUGAGGACACACACGCACACACACACACACUCAUCCAUACGCAUACAUAAACACCUUGAAUACACAUGCGAAUCCAUCCAUAUUGACGUUACCCAUCCAUAUUGACGUCACCCAUCCAUAUUGACGUUAUUGUGAGACACACAGACCACGCCCACAGAGGCAUGGCCUCCCCUAGAGUGCCACAUGACCUACCUGCAGGUUUUAUGUAACUGUCCUGCAUAGACACACCCCUCCCCUCCACAGUCAACAAGCCCCUCCACAGAAGCACAGUCUGUAUGCUGGUUUUAAAUAAUAUACACAAUGUUACUUUUGCACAUUUUAUUCAAACGACUAGUUGCCACGGUUGCCCCAGUGACGUUUGCACCUUUGAGCAGAGGCUUGGGAGCAGGACUUGGCAACAAGACCGUGGUUAAUGAAGGAUAACGGGGCCACAUUAGCAUUGCUAACUGGCCCCCAUUCACUCUUAUGCAGCCUUAGCAACAUUAGCAUUUUGAGGGAAGUGUUUUGCGUAUUGAAAUCGACCAGAAUUUAGACCAUGAAUUUGGGCUUUAAAGAUUUGAAUUAACUCCGAAUGCCAGAUUUUUUUGGUGUAGUUUAAGUCAGAAAGCUGGCAGUUCAGUUCAGCUGAUUGCUGUCCACAGUGUUGGAGUAGAAAGCUUUUUUUUUUCUGUGCAGUUGCAAUAUGAUUGUGGAUCUCCAUGGAGACCAGCGGGACCGUUUACCUCUGCGUGCAACGCUUCAGAGGGUCCACACAAGCCUGACUGUGUCUUAAACAUAAUGUUUUACUGGAUGAAACAUGCACAGGUGUCUGUAGUUUUAGCUUCUUGGAACACAUUUUUUUGUCCUCCCUCUGAGCUGUUGGUGUGUGCUGUAUACUGAGGUGACUUCUGGGAAGACAAAGUUAAAAUCAACAUGAACAAUACUGCAAUACUUUGACUAAAUGUCUUCCUGCUCUGGGGAAAAUAUUUGUUUUUAAUCUUGUCUAGUCACUGGUGUUCUUACCCUUUCCUUCGUCCUCAGUGCUAUGAAGGAACCAGCUCCCCUAUCUGACCUCUUGCCUUCUGAGGGUGGCAAACGGUCACUGAUUUAAAUGAUUACAUCUGGAACAAAUGUCAUGCUUUGACAGUUCAGAAUUUUCUUUUUUUUUAGUUGUAGUUUGCAUGGCAAACCUCACUAGUGAUAGUGGCCGAGCAGCCGAUGACUAUCGUGAAGCUGUACUAGGCCCAGUCCCGGAUACAGACUCGGCAUGGUAUGUUCCGUUGGGAAUCCCCCUGCCCUUUGGUAUGUUCUUUCUGGGAAACUGCCCCCCCCUCCCCCCAGUGGAGGUCUGGAGAGGUCAAAGGGCCACUGGCUCUUUGUAAAUAGUUUAAGUGGUUCUUCUGUUGGCAUAUUUGCUCAGAUAUUGUGAUGUAGUUUAUGUUGAUGCUAGUGUUGCAUGUUAGUUUAUUUAUUUGCUUUAUUCCUAUUCUUUACUAAGCUGUUUAGGUGUCUGUCCUUGUCGCAAAUCAUGAAAAAUUAUAAUAAAAAUAAAAUAUUAUGCAAUAAUUAUGAAUACUAAUAAUUAUGAGUAAUAAUAAUUGAGUAACUCUGUGCCUGCUCAAAAAUGGGUUUGAUUAUAAAAACCUUUAGCUUUGAUUUAGUGCUGAACUGGAUCUGCUGAGGUUUUCAUACAAAUGUAGAACUGGAAGAAAAUGCAAUAUGGAAGUUAAGUGAGAUUUCUAGAAAUAAAUAUUUGAUGUGUCAUGAAUGUGUAAGUGUUAUUUUUUUUCACAUUCCUGUCUGUAUAAUGCAAUAUAAAUGUGGUGAUGACAUUUAUUGUUAUGAUUUGGCUACUCAGAUUAUUUUGAGUAUGCCACAAUGAUCUAGAAACCUGUACACUUUUCUGAUUAAAGGGACCCUAUCAUGGAAAA